AUAGUCUCAAUCCAAACAAUGGGAUUUCCCCUAUCGAUCGCGUGAAAAAUUUUGUUUUCUCUGGAUUUGUUUUCUAUGCGUAUCUAAUUAAUAAACCUGUUCUCUAUCUAAGCGUGAAGUUUUUCGCUUUCUUUCUGGAAUGGAAGAACUGAAAGAUAGAUGGUGUGCGGAUUUAGAGGAUAUUCUUCAAUGUCCCGUUUGUUUUGAGAGACCACAGCGACCAAUUUAUCAAUGCAGAGAUGGUCACCAUAUCUGCAGCUCUUGUAGAAUGAAAUUACAAGUUUGUCCCAUGUGUCAAGGGGCAUACAACGGUUCACGAAGUUUUAUCGCUGAACAUUUAGCCUUAAAGUUGGAUGAUAUAAAAUCUUCGCUUUUGCAACCACCAGUGGAACGUCAAAUCGUUUCAAAUUUUACACAAACCGAAGAACCUGAAAUUGCACCCGAAAUUAAAUUGAGUCAUCCAUUGGCACCGAAGGGUAAAUUUCCUUGUCGGAUGGGAAAAUGUGAAUUUGAUGACGGUCACUGUCGAAUGUUAAAUCAUCUCAGAUACUGCCACAAAGAUAGAUUGUGUGAGAGCACGAGCAUUGAUGGAAAAAUUUACACUCGUCAAUGGGAAAUGGAUCAUCUCUCGAAUAUUGAAUUUGACUUAGCUUUUUCUAUUCCCGAAAUGGGAAUAUUUUUCUUGAUCACAUCGAUUGAUUCCAGUGGAAAUUUCAUGGGAAAUGUGCAAAUGGUGCACACCAAUAACGUAGCGAAGGAGUUUAACUGCAAGCUGGAAAUGAACGGAAAUCAUAGAACUUGUAGUUAUGAAGGAUUCCCUCGUUCUUGUCGAACGCCUGCGGACGUUGCUUUUAAUAACAGCCUACACAUAUCAUCGCAAGAUAUGCGUCGAAUGGCCGAUAAGAGAAACAAAGUAACCUGCAUUUUUACUAUAACGCGCGAAGAAAAGAAAAAUAUUCCUGUUGAGAAAAAUGCAAAAUAACUUGUUUUCUUCUGUUAAUUUUUAAGUAUAAUUGCCUCGACAGAGGCAAUUCGACUGGUUUGAAUGGUACCUUAUUAUUUUCACUUUAAAUGCGAACCAAUUUUACAGGAAAUAAGUUCAAGUCAAAGAUCCUGCAAGUUUUUUUUUAUAUGCAACAGUUUAAUAGUGAUAGUUUAAAAGCUGCUCAUGUUUAAUGCAUUUAUAAUAUUAUAAACAUUGAAUUAAAUAUUAUGUGCAGGCUCUGGAUUGGUUAUAUGAAAGAAAUUGUUUAGUUUGUAAGUUUUUAAUUUAAGGACAAGAUUUUUCAGUAAUAAUUACCAUACUGUAAUAUACUUUUUCAUCUAUAGUUCCUAGUAGAAUUUAGUGUUUAGCGUUAUAUUGAAAAUGUAUUUUAUGACGACUGCGGUGAGACCUUUUCUACUUUUACAUUCGAAAUUUUUGAUUGUAAAAUUCAGGGAGUGAUAAAUAAAAAAGCGAUUUUUGUAA